AAGUAUACGUUAAAAUCAGUUUUGCUACAGGUUGGAAAAGAUGCGUUUGGGCCAACAAAUAUCAACAGCCUCAAGGCCUGUGGUGUUAUGACCGAUUACAUUGACGUUAGCGAAAAAGAAAAGACUGGUUGCGCAACAAUAACUGUCACAAAAGAUGGUUAUAAUUCAAGACUUUUGGUGUUGUUGGCAAGUAGCUAA